AUUAAGGUGUAUUUUUCAUGGAUCAUUAAGUGCUAUAAUUCAAUUUAGCUUUAGAUAUAUGUUUUAAAAUUUUACGCACUUUUCAAAUACCUUUGUUGAUACUGCUACAUAGCCUUCUACUAUACUAGUAACAUGCUAAGAUAAUGAAGUUAUGAACCUUAUCUCCAUUUUAUAAUCUAAUUAAACAUUUCCACGGAUAACCAAACACAAUAAUAAUAUUUCCCUUAAUCAGAUUAUUUUUAACCCCUUAUUAUUCAAUCAUAUUCUUCUUCAUAAUAUUUCCCAUAAUCAGACUAUUUUUAACCUAUACCAAACGCCCCGUGAAGUUUUCAGUAGUUAUUGUUCUUUUUUCCUUCUUUCGAACAAGUUUCAGUAGUUAAUUGUUUAUAUUGCUAUGUAGGGCCAACGUGAAAGAAGAUAAGGUCAGCCUAAAAUGUUGAAAUAAAAGCUCCGGUAAGCGGUAAGCGGUGGUGAUCAUGGUGGAGCCACCCUAUUAAGCCACCCACUCAAUGACGGCGCUUCACCUACUCUUUUUUAUGACGCAAUUUGACAAACUUUAACGACGCAUUUAGACAUUUCUUCAGUGUGUGAAAAUUGCCAUCUUUUGCCGACUUUAUUGUGAUCAAAGCUAGUUAUUUCGAUGGGUCUGUUGACACUUUGCUCUUCGAGUACGUACUGUAGUAGUUUCCGUUGUAAUUUUGAUUUUAUAGAAACCCUAAUAGCUACUCCGAGUCAUAGUGGGUCAUUUAAAGGAAGAAGCUUUGGAAAUUUAAAGUUUUGCACAUAUGGGCACUUGGGAAAAGUAUGGAAAGUGCAGAGAAAACGAAUGGGCUUAUGUUGGUUUGUUAUGAAAGUCCCCAAGGAAGGGAUGGAGCUUGCCAAAGUGAAGAAGAAAGCUGUGAAACCUUCAGAAGAGGUUAUAAGGGUUCUUAAGUCUAUUAAGGACCCAAAUUCUGCUUUUUCAUAUUUCAUGGUUGUUGCUGGGUUACCGAAUGUUGUUCACACUGCUGAAACGUGCAAUUACAUGCUUGAAGUCUUGAUGACUCACAAGAGGGUGGAGGAUAUGGCUGUUGUUUUUGAUUUCAUGCAAAAGAAAAUUGUGUACAGAAAUCUGAACACUUAUCUUGCUAUUUUUAGAAGUCUUCAAAUAAGGGGUGGAAUUCGUCAAGCACCCAUUGCACUUGAGAAGAUGAAAAAGGCUGGGUUUAUUUUGAAUGCGUAUUCAUAUAAUGGGUUGAUCUAUUUGCUUCUUCAGUCAGGAUUUUGUAGGGAGGCUUUGGAGGUUUACAAGAGAAUGGUCAUAGAAGGGAUGAAGCCAGACUUGAAGACUUAUUCAGCACUUAUGGUGGCAUUUGGAAAGCGAAAGGACGCUCAAACUGUAAUGGUUUUGUUAGAAGAGUUGAAACAUUUGGGAUUGAUGCCUAAUAUAUAUACGUUUACCAUAUGCAUUCGAGUUCUUGGAAUGGCUGGAAAGAUUGAUGAGGCUUAUGGUCUAUUGAAGAGAAUGGAUGAAGAGGGAUGCGAGCCAGAUGUUAUUACUUAUAAUGGGCUCAUUGAUGCGCUUUGUAACUCGGGUAAACUUGAUAAAGCGAAGGCAUUGUUUGUAAAGAUGAAAGCUAGCAGUCACAAACCCGACCGUGUAACUUACAUUAGUUUGUUGGACAAGUUUGGUGAUCGUGGAGGAUUGGAAACUGUAAAAGAAAUUUGGGAUGAAAUGGAAACUGAUGGUUAUGUACCUGAUGUAGUUAUGUUCACCAUUCUUAUUAAUGCUUUAUGCAAAGCAGGCAAUAUUGACAAAGCAUUUGAUACUUUGGGUGUGAUGAAGAAGAAGGGGAUCUCACCAAAUUUGUACACCUACAACACCUUGAUUGGGGGACUAUUAAGGGAAAAUAGAUUGGAUGAGGCUCUAAAACUUUUGAGUGAUAUGGAAGUCCUUGGUUGUCCUCCAAACACAAUAACUUUUAACUCUAUACUGGAUUACCUCUUUAAGAAUGAUGAGGUGCCAUUAGUUUCGGAAAUGCUUUCUAAAAUGUCAAUGAUGAACUGUCAUCCUGACAUCUUCACUUAUAAUACUAUCAUUUCUGGAUUAAGUAAGAAAAACAGAGUUAAUGAUGCAUUUUGGUUUUUCCAUCAGAUGAAAAAAUCUCUUUAUCCUAAUCAUGUAACUAUGCUCACCAUCAUUCCAGGUGUAAUAAAGGAUGGUCAAAUUGAGGAUGCACUCGGGAUUGUCAAGAGUUUCGUGUAUCAGGUUGGGGUUUACGUAGAUGGGUCCUUUUGGGAAGAUUUGAUUGUAAGGACUCUCGUUCAAGCUGAAUUUGAUACAGUCAUGUUGUUUGCUGAAAAAUUAGUAUCUGAUAAGAUUUGCUUGGAUCACUUAGUAUUUCUACCUCUGAUAGAAGUGUUGUGUAAAUGUAAGUGUAAAUUUAAGGAAGUUCUUCACGCAGAAUAUUUCUUUGCAAAAUUUUCUAGGACUCAGGGAUUGAAGCCAACUUUGGAAUCAUACACCUGUUUGAUUGGAGGAUUUCUUAGAGUUCAUAUGAUUGAUAAGGCUUGGGAUCUUUUCAAUGAAAUGAAAAGUGUUGGCUAUACCCCUAAAGCUAUAACAUACAACUUGUUACUUGGUGCACAUGGGAAGUCUGGGAAAAUCGUUGAAGUCUUCAAAUUAUAUGAAGAGAUGUGUAGUAGGGAAUGCAAGCCUAACACAAUCACAUAUAAUAUACUCAUUUCCAGUUUAGUGGAACUUAAUAGUGUGGACGAGGCUAUCGAUUUUUACUAUGAUCAUGUAGGUUGUGAUUUCUCUCCCUCAUCUCGUACAUACUGUCCACUCAUUGAAGGACUCCUUAAGAUGGGAAGACAUGAAGAAGCUAUGCUUUUCUUCGAGGAGAUGGUGGAAUAUGGAUGCGAACCUGAUUGUGCGAUUUUCAAUAUUCUUAUAAAUGGGUUUGGGAAAACUGGAGACGUGGAAACUGCUUGUCAGUUGUUUCAAAGAAUGGUUAAAGAAGGAAUAAGACCAGACUUGAGGACUUAUGCAAUUCUUGUGAAUUCUCUCUGCCUUCUAGGAGAAAUUGAUGAUGCUCUGUAUUAUUUUGAGGAAUUGAAGCAGAGUGGCUUCAGUCCUGAUUCACUUUGUUAUAACUUUUUGAUCAAUGCCCUUGGAAGAUCACAAAGGGUAGAAGAAGCUCUAUCUCUCUACACUGAAAUGCAGAGCAGAGGAAUAUUUCCUGAUCUCUAUACAUACAACAAUCUAAUACUCGAUCUUGGGAGGGCAGGCAUGGUGAAGCAAGCAGUGAGUAUGUAUGAAGAUCUACAGCUUAAGGGUCUUAAACCUGAUGUUUCCACCUACAACGCUCUCAUUCAAGCCUAUAGCACGUCAGGGAAUCUAGAGCAUGCUUAUGCAGUUUACAAGAAAAUGAUGGUUGUUGGCUGCGAUCCAAAUGUAGGAACUUUUGCACAACUUCCUAAUUAAAUUUGAGUACUUCACUUCAUUGAAAUACUCAUGGAGCUACAGACAUCUCUCUGAACUGACUUUGAGUGUCUUUCUCAAUCUCUUUCACUCAUCUUCUAGUCCCUCCAAUGAAGCUCCUGUGGAUUUUUUCAUCUCAGUCUCGUUCUUACAUAUUAGUGUAUGGUAACAGUGAAUGGCCGUUUUUAAUAAAUGUAAACGAAAAAUAAAUUUACUCAAAUUUGAAACUUAUGCCUCGCAUGAAACCCGAAAAAUUACUGUCUCACCCCCAAACAAAAAAAAUCCUCUAUAUCUUUUCUGAAAUUAGCUUCCCAGUCCCUCUAUUUCCUCCUCAAGUCCAUUCAUCUCAUUUUGAAAAUGUGCUUUCAGGGUUGUAGUCAGAUUCAUCUCCCAACCAAAUGAUCAAAUGGAGUAUUGAUUUAUGUCUGGGUUGAAGUUGCACACUCAGUUCUUUACUAUGCUACCCUGCGUGAUCCCCUUCAACCUCAUCUGCAGUUGAGGUAUGUAUGUUUACUUAAAGUUAGGGUUAGAAGAAGAGUUUGAAAAUUGACAAUUGUUAAUGUGCACUUUAGCUUAUUUUUUAUUGUGUUCAUGCUUUUGAUUGAUUGUUUUGAAAGUGGAGGAGGGUAUGCAGAUUUUGUGUAGUUAAUUUUGGAUAAUCGAUAGUGUUUUGAUAUAUUGACAGAGAGGCAAGAUAGUUUAGCAAUAAAAGAAAAUGAAAGAGAGGCAAGAUAAUUAGAAUCAUCUAAGCUAUAAACUUUGUUGAAAUCUUUGUGACAUUUCAUUUGUAAUGUGUUUUGAUGUCGUAGAAACUAUAUUCGCUAUCUAGUUAUGCCAAUAUUACUGAUUUUAUUAUUUAAAUGCCCGAAUUUGCUAUUUUUGCCCUACAUGUAAUCUUAUGCUUGCUUGAUACGUGAUGUGUGGUCCAAUUUGAUCUCUUGUACUCUUUGAAUUGCACUAGUACUCACUGCUCACAUUCGUAUAACAGUAGUGUAUUACUACUUUUAUGACUAAAUAUGCUCAGCUUCUCAUUUUUUAAACUCUGUUAUCUUUUAUUUCAUUAUCAACAUUAGUCAUUAGUAAUGAUUGCUCUUCGACUAUCUUUCCCUGUUUAAUACGGUGGCAAGGUGAACACAGUAAACCCUCCUUUAAACAUCACUUAUAUUGUUUACAAGUCAAUAAAAUUAAUAUAAGAAUAUAUAUAAGUAAUUUGUGUAUCACUUGAAUGAAAAUAUGCACGUCCAUUUUUUACUUAUGCAGUAGGAGAUAUUCAAUUCUUACGCAUAAUAGAUAUAGAGAUGGUGAAAGAAGUUAGUCUAUGCACUUCUUUGAGUCUUGGAAGACCACCUUAUCUCUCCAAGAAUCAUGGCUCUGUUUGACCAGGGAUUGUAUACUCUAGUAGCCAAAUUUUGGCUCACCAAAAGAGGACUAUUGCUCGUGAGCUCUACAUUGACAAAAUCAAGGUAAUAUUAUAUAGAACUAUAUAAAUCAUUUAUAUAGAUUCAUUCUACUUACCAUUGUUAACUAGUUAUAUCAAGUCAUGUUUUUUAGCUUUUUCUUUGUUUUACAUCUUUGAUUUAUUUUAACUAGUUAUAGAACUAUAUAAUUUAUUUAUACAUAUAUAUGUAAACACAUAUAUAUGAAUCACUUACUUGGGUAAAGCUCACAUGUACGAUAUUAACAGUACAUGAACAAAGAUGACAUAUGUAUUUUGUUUGUA